AUGUCACUUGAGUACUAUCCUUUGGAUCAUCAGACGUGUUUGAUUGAUCUGGCUAGCUAUGCCUACACAACUGAUGACAUUAAGUAUGAGUGGAAGUCGAGUAAUCCGAUUCAGCAAAAGGAUGGACUGAGGCAGAGUUUGCCGAGUUUUGAACUACAGGAAGUACUGACGGAUUAUUGUACUAGCAAAACUAAUACUGGUAAGCUACAAUAAGUACAAAAUUUUUUUUACUUGUAAAAGUAGUUUUGAUCUUUUUUAUAUUUUAAAACAUUUUCUUAAUACAGAAGUUUUAUUCACCGUAUUUUACCAUAAACCUAAAACAAUUGUUAAAACAUAAAAAUUAAAGUUUAAAAUUGCACCUUAUAGACAGUUUUUCUUAACUAAGAAGUAUAAAUGGUUAAUAUCGUACACUUUUCACUAUGUAGAACACAUUUUAAACAGUAGUGUUGACGUAUUGAAUAUAUUGUUAAAAAAGUUUUUAAAAAAUAGUUUUUUAUAGUUAAGUCAUAUCCUUAUAUUGUUGAGCACUGUAAUUAGAGCCGGGCGUUAGGGGCUAGAGAUUGGGGAUGAUCCGAGUCCUGUAAAGGAGCUGAACCUAAUUUUUCAACCCGGUCCACGAGCUGGAGCCUUUGUUUGAACCGCGGUUCUCGUUCCGCGUGUGGGCUUAGUGGUCCUUUCAGGCUGACUUUCUUUCAUAUUAAUAUCUGGACUAAAACUAUCCGCCCGGCACUGAUUGUUAAACGUUCUUUAAAAGGUAGUUAUUUUCACAUUUCAUAUGGUUUUUACUUUUAAAAAGUUUUAAAAAUAAGUUGGUUUUAAAGCUUUGCUUAAAAGCAUUGUGUUUGUCAUGGUUGUUCGUCCUUGCACCAGUAAAUUUGUAAACGUAAUGUGAUGUACUGUCUAUAGCUACAAAUUUCUUGCUAUUUUUACAUUUGAGUUUGCCGUGUUAUGGCUUAUAGUAAUUUAAAACACCAUGGUUUUAAAUUGUUGAGGUGUCACAAAACAGUUUUUGCACGAAAAAUUAACAAAAUUAAUCAAAAAUAACAUGUAAAAGAGAGGCUGCUAUGUUAUAAUACGCUUACGAGUGGUUGAAGUGAAGCUUUUUACUGUUUAGGUGAAUAUUCAUGUCUACGAACCAAAAUGAUACUGCGGAGAGAGUUCUCGUACUAUUUGUUACAGGUAAGAUUUUUGAUACUAUUUAGUACUAUAUAGUACGUUUUUACAGAUUUUGUUGUAUUACCCUACCCUACCCUACCCUACCCUACCCUACCCUACCCUACCCUACCCUACCCUACCCUACCCUAACCUACCCUACCCUACCCUACCCUACCCUACCCUACCCUACCCUACCCUACCCUACUCUACCCUACCCUACCUUAGUUUUAUCCUAGCCUCACUCAGCUCUAUUCAGGUUAUAAUAACUGCCACUUCUUUCAGCUAUACAUACCAUCGUGUAUGUUAGUCAUCGUAUCAUGGGUCAGUUUUUGGUUGGACAAGGACUCAGUGCCAGCUAGAGUUACAUUAGGAGUUACUACGUAAGUCAUAAACAUAUUUAUGUGUUAAUUCAAGUUUAGUCUACUUACAAUGACAACACAAAGUUCGGGUAUCAACGCUAAACUACCUCCAGUAUCAUAUACCAAGGCUGUCGAUGUGUGGAUCGGCGUUUGUAUGGCCUUCAUCUUUGGAGCUCUUUUAGAGGUAUGACUGGUCGAGUUUAUGGUCAGAAAUUUUUUCUUUGAAAAUUGAAAAAACUUUUUGUCAUUUUUUAUUAAAAACUAUGUUUUAGUUCGCUUUGGUAAACUAUGCAGCGCGAAAAGACAUAAGCGGCCAACAACGAAUGCCACGCUUCCGACAACAGCCACAACCACAAAUCAUGGACAAUAAUCAGUUCCAACCAAAAGUAAGCUAUCUUACACUAUUCUAACACAUCAUACCCUACCUUUUGCCUUGCCUUGCCUUGCCUUGCCUUGCCUUGCCUUGCCUUGCCUUGCCUUGCCUUGCCUUGCCUUGCCUUGCCUUGCCUUGCCUUGCCUUGCCUUGCCUUGCCUUGCUUUGUUUUGCCUUGCCUUAUUCUUGCCCUACCUUUGCCGUGUUUUUGUGUCACUCUUGCCGUAUUCGUGCCCCGCUCUUCCCCUGUUUCUAUCCCACUCUUGCUCUAUUCUUACCGGAUCUUUGCUUUACUCUACCUUAAUAAAGUUGCAAUAAAAUUAACUUACUCUACCUUCCUUUUCAGCCUGACUCAGCGCAAUUCCGCGGAAACGGCGGAGGCGCUUACGAGCCUCUAUACAGAACGGGUGAUACUGCUGAUGGUCAAACGACGUAUGGCCAUAAUAUGGUCAUAAACUACUCAACGCCAUCGGUAGGGUAUUGUACGCGGUUUUACACGUGUUGUUGUCGUAUCUUCGUUCGAAGGUACAAAGAGCGGUCGAAACGGAUCGACGUCGUUUCACGAUUGGUAAGUACUUGCUUUUUUUGAUAGAAUUUUUUUAAAAUACGACGGUUGUUCGUUUCUUUUUAAUUUUGAAUAUUUUUAAUUUAAAUUUAUUUAAAUUUAUUUCAACAAUAUUUUUUUAUUAUUUUAGGUAUAAAAGAAUAUUUUUAUCACAUUUUUAACUAAUUUACAUUGUAAUCUAAGGUUUUUAUUAUCAAGAAGUACUGAAAAACCGAUUUUAUUACUAUAGGGGACAUUUCAGAGCCCAAUUUGCUACUUGAAACAGAGUGCCAAAUUUGGCAGGAAUUUAAAAAUUUAAAAUUCAUAACAAUAUAUUUUUAUACAAGCCUAAAAUUAAGGUUUUAAAGAUUAAUUUAUGUACUUUUAAGUUGAGACAUAGCUCAUUAUUUUUCAUACAAACUAAUACUACCUAAAAUAACGUCCUCUCUAUUUUUAGGUCUUCCCAAUCGGAUACGCUUGUUUUAACGGUAAGUUUUGGCGUGGGCUUAUAACUAAUCCUGAUAAUCAUUGCAGUGUUAUAUUGGACUGUCUACUUGAUGUGAAUGCUCAAAUGGAUAUUGUUCAGGAGCUUCUGUGUGUGUUGCUUUGUACCCUUAAAUGUCGCUCAAUUAUUGCAUUUUUAAUCGAAUUUGGGUCCGGUGUUUUCAAAUUUUAAAAUUUAUUUUUAUUAGGUUGUUCAAACAAUUUUGAGCUCCUAACUCCGAAAAUUUGCUUUGCAAGGGGGCACAGAAUUAUUUGAACAACCUAUUAAUUAUUCCAAAAAUUUUUGUAAUUUUUAGUGUUAGGUUGUUCAAAUAAUUCUGAGCUUUCUGUCAACUCACAUUUAGGGUGUUAGGGGCACAGAAUUAUGUGAACAUAUUUUCUCAAAAUUUUUAUUUCAAAAAUUGCCUAUGAUAAUAUAAUAUUAUAAAGAUAACAAACGAACAUUGUUACCUCCGACUGAUAUUACUUGUUAUGUACAUGUUGUAAAUACAAUUAAAAAUUUACAUAGAGUGGCUUGAUUGAUUUAUGUUAUACUAUAUAUGUUAUGUUAAGUUGUUAGAAAGUCUUGUCGUUUUUAAGCGUUUGAAAGAAUGUGUAAAAAUGACAAAACUUUUUUAACGCUUUAUAUAUGGGUGGUGCUUUAAUAUAAUGCUGAUAUAUGUUGCUAUGAUAACUAAGAAUAUGUUAAUGAUUAAGAUUCUGUUGAAAAGAACAUAAAAACUUACAGUAAUUUAGUUGUACGCCUACCCUGUAAUAUAGAAUUUAUUACAAUAUAAUGUAAAAGACGUGACUAAAGUCAGGUACUAAACACAAAAAAACCAUACUUUUUGUAAAAUACGUAAGCCGUUACUAAAGUAUUACAUAAAACAUCCCAAUUAUUCAACCAAUUCUAGGCUAAGGCAAAACUAGCCGUAGUCAAAGCCGAGAAGACAAAAAUACAACAUAUAUAAGUACUAGUAAAAUCUAGUAUAGGACAACUAAUCUUAUAAAGUUUACUUGUUUAGGUGAGUACAGUUGUGCUCGUGUCAAACUGAUUCUUCGUAGAGAAUACAGGUAAGCCUUAUUUCAUUAUAAUUCCGAUUAUUACCUUUUAUUUCGUUUUUUUCGUAUAUUUUUGGCCCUAAAAUUUUUAAAUGCUACUUAAUGUUAUUAGCUAAAAAUUUGAAAGCUAGGUCAUCUGACAAAAGCUUUAAAAUUCCAGUUACUACCUUAUUCAACUGUACAUUCCAUGUAUUAUGUUAGUCGUUGUGUCGUGGGUCAGUUUUUGGCUGGAUAAAGACGCCGUUCCAGCUCGUGUUUCACUUGGAGUUACAACGUGAGUUAUAGUUUUGGACUCAAUACUAACACAUACGUAUUUUACAUUUUUAUGGCUCUUUACAUAAUUUUGGAAAAUUUCAAUUUUUGUAAUAAUUUUUAAUUUUGAAUGUUUAGUCUCCUUACCAUGACAACACAAGCAUCGGGUAUCAAUAGUAAACUACCGCCGGUAUCUUACAUCAAAGCUGUUGAUGUUUGGAUCGGUAUUUGUUUGGGUAUGUCAUAUACAAAGAUUUCGACCCUACCCUACCCUACCCUACCCUACCCUACCCUACCCUACCCUACCCUACCCUACCCUACCCUACCCUACCCUACCCUACCCUACCCUACCCUACCCUACCCUACCCUACCUUACCCUACCCUACCCUACCCUACCCUACCCUACCCUACCCUACCCUACCUUACCCUACCCUACUCUACCCUACCCUACCCUACCCUACUUUAUCUUGCCCCACUUUACUUUCCCAUACCCUACUUUAUCAAUAUAACUUUAGGCUUCAUUUUCUCGGCCCUCCUCGAAUACGCCCUCGUAAAUUACUACGGUCGAAAAGAGUUUAUGCGUAAAGAGCGUGGUAAAAAGCUUGGUGGUCUACAACAAAUGGCAGCCCAACUCCCCUCAUUAAUGGGACCUGACUGUCUUUGUCCGCCUUCAAUAGUACCAAACUCUCAUAUGAAUAUGAUGCACGAGAGUAUGAGUAUGAAUAUGUCUGGAUUAAACAAUAAUGAAGUACAUCCUCUAAGGCAACAUCGCCGAUCAAUGCGAUUAGAUUUGAGUGUUUUGAAUAGUCAACUACCUUUGAGGUCAAAGUUGAGGAAAAUGUUGGGCGAUGACUUGUCGAAGAGGGUCGAUAUCGUGUCUAGAUAUAUGUUUCCUGCUCUGUUUGUGUCGUUUUUGAGUAAGUUAUAGUCCAAAAUGUAAACUUUUUUAAAAAAUAUAUUAUUCUAAGCAAUGGAAUAGAUCAAAAUCUGAACUUACCCCUUUACUUUCAGUUUUCUACUAUUUCAAAUACUUUUACGCCAGUCGAAUGGAAAUGCGCAAAUAA